UUUAUUAAAUAAAAACAAUAAGUAGUUUUAGUAAGAAGAAAAAAAGGCUAAGUGACGGACGUAAAGUGAUGAGCUUUGUGAUUAAAAUAAUAGUUAACUUGAUUUAGUUCUGUAAAACAAAGAACAUGACCAACGACGCGAAGGUUUCGUCGGAGACGGCAGGUCACGUGGACACUGAUGCUCUGAUGCAGGAGCUAGGGCAGUUCAAGAGGUUCCACCUCUUGAAUUACUUCCUCCUCGGUUUGGUGCCGUUCGUGCUGGCGCACUACGCUAUCAACUAUGUUUUCUUGGCGGCUGAUGUUCCAUACAGAUGCUUGGUGCCCGAGUGCGAGUCCGCCAACAGCACGGACUACAGCCCGGCCUGGCUGGGCGGUGCAUUGGCGGCUGGCGGGCGCGAGCAGAGAUGCUCUCGCCGCGCGCCCGCCGACCCGCAGCUACCGUGCGCGGCGGACUCCUUUGCGGACGAGCUGCUGCCCUGCGACCGCUGGCUGUAUGCCUCCAACGACACCAUUGUUGCAGAGUUCAACCUGGCCUGCCAGGAGUGGAAGCGCACUCUAGUCGGCACCAUUCACAACAUCGGCAUGCUGGUAUCGCUGCCUAUUCUUGGAUACGUGUCUGAUCGAUGGGGUCGGAAGCGGGCGCUAGUGCUGAGCUGUACCUUGGUCGGCGCCAUCGGCUCUCUCAAAGCAUUCUCCAUCUCCUACGAGAUGUAUGUCAUCGUUGAGUUCCUGGAGACCGUCGCCGGCGCGAGCUCGUUCCCUGCUGCGUACAUCUUAACCAUCGAGCUACUCGGCCAGGAUAAAAGAGUUCUUACCACAGCAUUUCUAGGCAUCACGCUUGUAUUAGGCGGUCUUAGUUUUGCUCUCCUCGCCAAAACCUUUCCCUAUUUCCGUACCUUUAUCCUAGUAGUCUACCCUCCCUCUCUUCUUUUCAUUUCCUACAUAUACUUCCUUCCAGAAAGCAUACGAUGGUUGCUUUCUAAGGGUCGCAAAGAGGAAGCUUUAGAGAUAGUUAUGAAAGCGGCGAAGAUGAACAACGUGACUUUAUCAGAUGAGACGAUAAGACAGUUGACUAGCGUCGAGAAAGUAAAGAUUGAUGAAAAGAAAGAGUCAGAAGAAGAAAAGGGUUUGUGGAUACAAGUGUUGAGAUCCCCGAUCAUCAUGACUCGUCUCGCUAUCUGCUCCUGGUGGUGGAUCACUUGCACCUUCGUGUUCUAUGGAUUAGCGAUCAACUCAGUGACCCUAGCGGGGGAUAAGUACACCAACUACAUGUUGGUGGUGAGCGUGGAAAUCAUCGCAGUGGUCACCAACGCGUUGGUUCUGGAUCGCAUUGGAAGGAAGACGACGUUGUUGAUAGCGUACGUCGUGUGCGGUAUCUCUUGCGUGGCGAUCAUUUUUGUGCCAACAUCGAUGUCAUGGCUGACCACGCUGCUGUACCUCGUGGGCAAGAUAGCCAUCACGCAGGCCUUCAGCGGCAUCUACAUGUACACGUCCGAGCUGUUCCCCACGCACGCCAGGCACUCUCUGCUCGGCUUCUGCUCCAUGGUGGGCCGGGUGGGCUCGAUCGUCGCGCCACAAAUGCCUUUGCUUGCUAUCUACAUCGAGUGGCUCCCGUCAGUGUUGUUCGGGGCCACCGCGCUGAUAGCGGGCGGCCUCAUGCUGACCACUCCGGAGACACUCAACACGAGGCUGCCCGAUACCAUCAAGGAGGCGGAGUGCAUCGCAUCUCAACACUCAAAACCGCCCGGCGACAAAACAUUACAACAAAACGGAUUCACUCCGGAUGCACAAGUCACAUCAAAGUUGUAACGACAGCUCCAUUACAGCGUAUGACUGAAAAAAUACGAUAGUAACAUAAUCAGUGUUAGAAAAUAUCAUAUGAUUCACCAUCGAUUUGAGACAAUGUGACAUCGCAGUGAUAUAUUGUAUUCGAUAACUUAAUGAUGGUCAGUUUAUAGAUACAAUUAUAUGAAUACUGUAAAAACAAUUAAAGCAAUUAUUGUGACGUGUGGUGACGUAGAUCAUGCGACGGUAGAACGGGCAGCAGCGUCCUCUAUGCCACUACUACUAUGUAUACAGUAUUAGAGUGAUAGGCUAACUCUUCCACUGGGAGAAGCCUGUAGUCUAGCAGUGGACAGUUGCAGACUAUUGAUUUGAAGUAGUGUAGAAAGCAAAUACGCCUUUUUGAUAUUUAUAACAUCACAGUUAAAUUACUACUAUGGCGCCUUCUGUAGCUAAAGCUACUGCUUAGAACUAAAAUGUAUGGUUCAGUGCAAACCUUGACCAAAAGUUGUGAUAGCCGAGGUGUUAUGACUUUGGUUUCACUCUCGGAGACGUCGAGUUUGAAUCUCGGCACGCACCUGUCACUUUUUUUAAGUUAUGGUCGUUACCUGCAUUCCUCAGAGUUCUCCAUAAUGUUCUUAGAAGCGUGUGAAGUCUGUCAAACCUCACGUAGCCAGCGUAGUAAACCCUUCUAGGAGGCCCGUGUCCUGUAGUCGGCCGAAUAAUAGGCUCAUGAAGCCGAAGCAUUUUUAAUUUAUUAUUCAUGUACCUAUUGGACGUGUACUUGUACACGUGUACACUUUAAUUUUAUUUAAUAUAGAAAGUAAUUAAUUUAUACGAAUUACAAUAAUUGUAAGUAAGUAAGUGCGAAUUGGGCUAAACUCAAAUCUCUGGCCUUAUUUAACUAAAAUAGUAAUCUCCUACUUUACAAAUCUCUUCGGAGUAUUGGAUAGUACAAUAUUUAGAGGUGUCAUGCCAAUUUAGUUAAAGGAUUUGUGUCCAGCCCAAUCUGCACAAUUUAACCUAUUCUUUAAGUACUAUAUAAGAAAACACUAAACCCUACAUUCCUUAAAUUUAGAAUAGGUUAGUGAAGAAAUCAAGUUUUACCUCCAUAACGAUAAUUUAAAUAAUAGUUAUAAUAAAAUGGCAUGCCAAUACCGAAGUGACCGAAGUGUGAAGUAAUGGACUAAAUACGUUAAGAGCU